GCUCCGCCUCCUGCCUCUGACAACUUGGGCUGCUGCGGCAGCAGCCGCCGAGUCUUGUGGGUUCGGUCCGCUUCGGCCCAACUCCCUGCGCGUCUCCCCAGCCCCGCUCUCCCGGCGGCCCUGGCCCCAGCCCCGGCCAUGAAGCGGAUAUUCUCCUGCUCCAGUUCACAGGUGGCGGUGGAGAAAUGGAACCGCCGAGACCAGAAACUCCUGGAAGCAGUGCAGCGGGGAGACGUGAAUCGGGUGUCUGCCCUGACCCGCAAGAAGACUGCCCGUCCCACCAAGCUCGACUCUCACGGCCAGUCCCCGUUCCACCUAGCAGCAUCCAAAGGGUUGACGGAGUGCCUGAGUAUACUCUUGACGAAUGGGGCCGAAAUCAACAGCAAGAAUGAGGAUGGAAGCACCGCCCUGCACUUGGCCACUAUUUCUUGCCAGCCUCAGUGUGUCAAGGUCCUGCUACAGCACGGUGCCAAUGAAGAUGCAGUGGAUGGAGAAAACCGAAGCCCCCUACACUGGGCUGCGUCAUCUGGCUGCGCCUCUAGUGUAUUGCUCCUUUGUGAUCAUGAAGCUUUUCUGGAUGUUCUCGAUAAUGAUGGAAGGACUCCUCUGAUGAUUGCAUCACUGGGUGGUCAUGCUGCCAUCUGUGCCCAGCUCUUGCAGAGAGGUGCCCGGGUUAACGUCACAGACAAAGAAGACAAAUCAGCUCUGAUCCUGGCCUGUGAGAAGGGGAGUGCAGAGGUGGCAGAACUGCUCUUGAGCCACGGGGCAGAUGUAGGGGCUGUGGACUGCAUGGGCCAUGAUGCCUUGUACUAUGCUCUGCGCACCCAAGACAAGGAACUGUGGAGGCUGCUCCGUCAGGCUCUGAAUCGCCGCCAGCGUGGAGGUCAAGGACUGGCUCAACAUCCUGAUCUGUCAUCUCAGGGCUCUCCACCUAAUUGCCCAAUAAGAGCAGAGCCAGAGGAAGAGGAUGACAAAGAGGAAGGAGGUAAGGAGCUGUGCAGCCCUCAGGAAUGGAGGAGGAAAUAUGAAGCAGAGAGGAAGAAAGUCUCCCAGCUGGAGCAGGAGCUGGUAAAAAAGGCAGAAGAGUGUAAGAGCCAGGCUACAGCCUGCCAGGGUCUGGAGAGCAGUGUGCGAGAGCAGGUUCAGGAGCUGGGACUGCUCUUGGCCAAGGAGUCCAGAGACCCAGGCGGGCAAGGAGUCAGCCCGCGGCCUGGGGGGGAUGGCAUGGAGCACAGCUGUGUCCUGGACCUGUUGGUGGAACAGGUGCAAGAACUGAAGAGACAGCACCAGGCGGCCGGAGGGCUCCAGCGUGAAAGCCAGGGGAAGGCCCGGCCGGAGGGGCAGAGUCCGGUGGAGGAGGUCCCGGGGAAGGCCAAGGGAGAGCAGCUGGCAGACGUACCAGGCCAAGGAAGUGGAGAUCCAGCGCUUGCCCUGAGAGAGGAAAGGAGGAGGCCUCCCGGGGCUGAGCCGGCAGGCAUGGUGGCCCUGGGUCAGCUCCUGCUGCAGCUGAGGGAGGAACUGACUGCGGUGUGGAGGGACAAGGAUGCUGCCCGAGGGGUCCUGGGCAGACCGGCAGGGAAAGGGGUCUGGGGCACCAGCCAGGCCGAGGCUGCGGCAGCUGCCUGGGAGAAGAUGGAAGCCCGGCUAGAGCAGGUGCUGGCCAGGCUGGAUCGGGCCAAGGCCGGACUGCAUAUGGAGAGCCCGGAGUGCCCAGAGGGGGCUUCCCUCCAAGCCCAGGCCACCUCGCCCACAAGCCCAGCCAGAGAAGGCCAGGCCCAGGAGGAAAGGGCCCAGGAAGCCCGGGGGGAGCCCCUCGGAGCUCCGGAGGGAGCUGGGCCCAAGGGCCAGCUGGAGAAGGAGGUGUCUGCCCUGCGGCUGAGCAACAGUAACCUGCUGGAGGAGCUGGGCCAGCUGGGCCGGGAGCGCCAGCGGCUGCAGGGGGAGCUGCAGGCUCUGGGCCAGCGGCUGCAGCGGGAAUACAUGCCCAGGCCCGAGGCUCAGGGCCAGCUGCAGCAGCUGCGCAGCAGCGUGGGGCUGCUGGCCGAGGAGCUGGCGGCCGAGAAGGAGGCCACGGAGCAGCUCCGCAGGCGCCUGGAGGCCCAGAGCACCGGCCUGCAGGGGCUGAGGGAUCGAUUGCCCCCUGACCUGAGCCCCCAGGGCUCGACCUCGGACCCCCUGGAGGAGCUGCAGGCCUGUGUGGGAGCCCUGGUGGCCAGAUAUGACCAGGCGCAGCGGGAGCUGGCCAGCCUGGAGAGAGAAAACCAGCGGCUGAAGGGCAGCUGCCAGGACGCUGGGGCCCCCCAGGCUGUCCCCCAGGUCGCUGCCCUGGAGCAGGACCUGGGCAAGCUGGAGGAGGAGCUUCGGGCUGUGCAGGCCACCAUGGGGGGGAAGAGCCAGGAGAUUGGGAAGCUGAAGCAGCUGCUGUACCAGGCCACGGAGGAGGUGGCCGAGCUGCGGGCGCGAGAAGCGGUCAGCCUGAAGCAGCAGGAGAAGAGCCGGGCGUCCCUAGUGGCCCAGGCGCAGUCCUGGGGCCAGGAGCUCAAGGCUGUGCUGGAGAAGUACAACAACGCCUGCAAGGAGACAGGGCAGCUGCGGGAUGCUGUGGCUGAGGAGCGGCGGCGCAGCCGGGAGCUGGCUGCCCGGGCCACUGAGCAGGAGCGCCAGGCCAGGGAGAUGAGGGGCCGCUCCGAGCAGUUUGAGAAGGCUGGUGAGGUGCUCAAAGAGAAGAUGGACCAGCUCAUUGCGGCCUGCAGGGAAAAGGAGGCCAAGAUCAAAGAGUUGCUGAAGAAACUGGAGCAAAUGUCAGCUGAAGUCCUUGCUGUUCGUGGGGAAAAUACCCACCUGGUGCUUCAGCUGCAGGAUUCCCAGAAGAACCACCAGGAAAUCAUUUCCACAUAUAGGAACCAUCUGCUUAAUGCUGCUCGGGGCUAUAUGGAACAGGAUGUAUACAAGAUCUUGCUUCGGAUUCUCAAGAUGCAGGAGUGAGUUCCGAUGGAUGAUGCUGGAUGAGCGACUUCUCUGCUAAGGCAAGAGCAGCAUCAGAGACCAGAACCAUGGCCUUGGUGUGGUGGUGGGGCUGGCCGAUAGCAGUGGUGUGGGCUGGGCUUCCCUAACCUGGAAGACCCCAGAUCUGAGAAGCUCAACCUCAGAUGCCAGGACUGAUGGAACCAGAAAAAAAAAAAGCAAACAACAUGGAGGAAACCAUCUUUGUGGAAAAUAAAGCAGGAGCCAGUAUGGUGUUGGA